CACCCACGAGUUUCAUUAACUCUCACAUCUCAUCUGUGUGAAACAAAAGAACACGAAGAAGAGCAUACUUAAUUAGAGAGAGCCAACUAACAUUUAUAGAAACCCUAGAAUUUUCCAAUUCCGAAGGGGAGAGGCGUGAUGUUGUCGGAGCUGCAAAUUUCGCCGGCGAUUCACGAUCCGCAAGGGCAAGAGAAGCAGCAGCAAGCCGCGGGAGUGGGGAUAUUGCUUCAGAUCAUGAUGCUCGUCCUCUCUUUCGUACUUGGCCAUGUCCUUCGCCGUCAUAAGUUCUAUUAUCUUCCCGAAGCUAGUGCCUCCCUUCUCAUCGGGUUGAUCGUUGGUGGUUUGGCGAAUGUCUCGAACACGGAGACUAGCAUAAGGACAUGGUUCAAUUUCCACGAUGAGUUCUUCUUCCUGUUUCUGCUGCCUCCAAUCAUAUUCCAGUCUGGAUUCAGUCUACAACCCAAACCUUUCUUUUCAAACUUCGGAGCUAUUGUCACUUUUUCUGUACUUGGAACUUUUGUGGCUUCCAUUGUUACUGGCGUGCUAGUGUAUCUUGGCGGCGUGAUGUUUCUCAUGUACAAACUUCCGUUUGUUGAGUGUCUCAUGUUUGGCUCCCUUAUCUCAGCCACUGAUCCUGUUACAGUCUUGUCUAUAUUUCAGGAACUUGGAUCGGAUGUAAAUUUGUAUGCUUUGGUCUUUGGAGAAUCGGUUUUGAAUGAUGCUAUGGCCAUAUCUCUGUACAGGACAAUGUCCUUGGUGAGAAGUAACUCAGCUGGUCAGAAUGUCUUUAUGGUGAUAGUCAGAUUUCUCGAAACCUUUGUCGGUUCAAUGUCUGCAGGGGUUGGAGUUGGAUUCAUAUCUGCUCUCCUCUUUAAGUAUGCAGGGCUGGACGUUGACAAUCUGCAGAACUUGGAGUGCUGCCUCUUUGUGCUUUUUCCAUAUUUCUCAUACAUGCUCGCUGAAGGUCUCAGUCUAUCUGGCAUCGUCUCGAUUCUAUUUACUGGGAUUGUCAUGAAGCAUUACACCUACUCGAAUUUGUCAACAAAUUCUCAGCGAUUUGUGUCUUCCUUUUUUCAUCUGAUAUCUUCCUUGGCAGAGACAUUUGUGUUCAUCUACAUGGGUUUUGAUAUUGCCAUGGAAAAGCACAGUUGGUCACACGUUGGAUUCAUCCUUUUCUCUAUUCUGUUCAUAGUAAUUGCGAGGGCAGCUAAUGUGUUUGGUUGUGGAUAUUUGGUCAACCUUGCACGACCUGCACAUAGGAAAAUACCUAUGACGCAUCAAAAAGCACUUUGGUACAGUGGACUUCGAGGUGCUAUGGCUUUUGCUCUUGCUCUACAAUCGGUUCACGAUCUGCCAGAAGGACAUGGUCAAACUAUCUUCACAGCAACGACAGCCAUUGUUGUUGUAACGGUGUUGCUAAUCGGAGGAUCCACUGGUACAAUGCUUGAAGCUCUAGAGGUUGUAGGUGAUGGCCAUGAUACAACCCUUGGUGAUGGAUUUGAGGUGGUGAACAAUAGGUAUAUGAAUAGGUUUGAUGAUGAAGAUUCACCAUCAGGAAGUGGAUUCAGGACAAAACUAAGAGAGUUCCAUAAGAGCGCUGCGUCAUUUACAGAACUAGACAGGAACUACCUAACACCGUUCUUCACAAGUAAUAACGGAGACUAUGAUGAUGAUGAUAUCGAUGAGCAACACCAUGAAGAAGCAACUCCGUUUACUAGAAGAGUGGAUUUUUAUAACCGGGGAUAAAGUUUUAUGAGACAGAGAAACCAAGUUGGUUCACCUUGACAUUGUGACAUCAUAGUGAAGCAGCGGUUGAUGUACAUAAAAGAAAAAACAAAUGGGAUCAUGGUCCGAGAGUAAUAGUAGUAGUCUAUGUUCCUCCCCUGAACCCCUUAGUGGAUUAUUGUUUUGGCUAAUUACAUUCACAAAAAAAAAAAAAACCUUAAUGGCCAUGGCUUAGAGAAUAUACUUGUCAAUGCCCCCACGAAGCUUCGUUAUUGUUUUGAAUUUUAAACAAAAACAGUUUGAAAACUCAUCAAAGAAAAUGAUACCGAGCGGUUAUUACUAAACCAUCGUUUUAUAUGGGGCAGUAACUAAUAUCG